CCCUUCUGCCCCCGCCCCCCGCCCGGCUUAGGGGCAGGGCGCGUGCAGCCGCCAGGGGUCAGCUGAUGGGACGCCGUCGCGGAGGGCUUCACUUCGCUUCCCCUCACCUAGUCUGAGUGGGCCGAGUGCGUGAGCGAGCUAGAGCGCGGCGUGCCAUCACUGCUACCAUAACCGUCGUCCCCUUCCCGGCGCUGGCCGAGAUGGAACGACUCGAGAAGACGACGUUGAACGUGCUGCAGCCAACCGAGCUGAGAAAUGAAGGCUCGUUAACAUCGACUCUGAAGACUCUUCUGGUUUUCACAGCUUUAAUGAUCACCUUACCUAUUGGAUUAUAUUUUUCUUCUAAAUCGUUUCUGUUUGAAGGUGCCUUGGGGAUGUCCAGCCGAGACAGCUAUUUUUAUGCUGCGAUUGUUGCUGUUGUGGCUGUUCACGUGGUACUCGCACUCUUCCUCUACGUUGCGUGGAAUGAAGGAUCACGCCAGUGGUGGGAAGGCAAACAAGACUGAAGGGAGCAUCACCUUUUGAUAACAGAAUAAGGAAAUAGGUGGGAGUGAGGAGUCUCUUUUUCCUAUUUUUAAGAUGAGUUUCCGGUGUGAGAUUCCAGUGCUCUUCUUCUCUGCAAUUCUCAAGUGUUCACUUAGGGUAUGGGAACCCUACUGUUCGUCAUGUGCUUACAUAAGUAUAUACACUGAAGCAAGUCACUACUGUUAGAAUGAGCUCCUGAAAAUUGAUAAAGAGAACGGACAAAAUCAUCUUGUUUUCCAAGCAAUUGUUUUCCCAACGUUGGAGCCUCUUGCUGUAUGUCUGUUCUUCUGCACUUUCUAGAUGGUCAAUAGGGCUAGUUUGGAAGGUGCUUCACUGAAAAGUUCCUCUUGCACAGUGUAAAACAUCCUCAUGUAAAGCAUCUUAAUAAAGACUUGUUGUUUUGAACCCUUG